AUGUCAGUAAUAAAAGCUGAAAAUAAUCAUAAUAAUGAUUUAAAUGACUAUACAACAACAAUGUCAAAUACAACUUUAAAUACUACUACAAAUACCACUACAAAUACAGAAAACUCCACUCCAAAUUUAUUUACAAAUAAUAGUAAUAAUAAACAAAGUAAAAAACGUAUUCAUGAAAAAAUUAAUAAUAAUGAAUCAGAUGAUGAUAAUGAUAAUGAUCAAGAUAAUUAUGAAGAUAAUGAUAAAUCAAUUCAUAGACAAAAUAGUAAUAGUAAUAAUACUACUACCAAUAAUAAUAAUAAACCUAAGAACUCAAGAAGAUCAGUUGCAUGUAAAGCUUGUCAUGCUUUAAAAGUUAAAUGUACUCCUUCAAAUCCAAAUGAACCUGGUGCACCAUGUAUAAGAUGUCUUAAUGCAAAUAGAAAAUGUGAUAUUGAUUUAAAUCAAACAAGAAAAAGAAGAAAAAAAGCAGAAAUAUUAGAGGCUAAAAGGAAAGCAAAUGAAAAAAUUAAUAAUAACAACAGUAGUAAUAGUAAUAGUGAGUUGGAACAAUCAUUGAAUAAUAAUAGUCAUAAAGCUAAUAAGAUUAAAAAAUCAAAUCAGAUUCCAAAUCAAAAUCAAAAUCAUAAUCAAAUUCAGAAUCAAAUUCAUAAACAUGAUUUAAAAUCAGAUGAUCAACAACCAUCUUCAUCUCCUAUCCAACCACUACAACCACAACCACAACCACAACCACAAUCUCAACCUAUAAAACAUCAUCAACAACUUCCGCAACAGCCACCUCAACAAAAUCAACAACAACCUCUCCAGCAAAAUCAACAGAACCUACAACAACAUCAGAAUCCUCAACAACAGCAGCAACAACAACAACAACCACAUAAUAUCACAAACAACGAUCCCUCUUCAAUUUCAUCUGUUUCAUCACCAUUAUCAAUUCAAUUACGUACUCAACAAUCAAAUAUACCUCCAAUAUCUUCUAAUUUAAAUCCAUUAGGUAAUAGUCCACCGUCAUUAUAUACAAAUUAUUUAUCACCAACGAAAUUAGAACAAACAAUGACUGGAUCAACAUUAUCAAAUAAAGAUCAAGAAAUUUUUAAUUUAAAACAAAAAGUAAAAUUUUUGGAAAAUCAAUUAAAUCAGAAAAAUCAUUUGUCAAGACUGUCAACUUCUGAAAAUCAUUAUAAACAUGAAGUUAUUGAUAUAAAUUCUCCACCUUUUAUUUCAAAAACUGAUUUAGAACAAGAAAUAACAAUAUUAGUUGAAACUUCUUCAAAAUUAAGUGAAUUAACAAAUGAAUUAAAUUCUUUAGCUGAUAAAAGAACUAAAUUAUUAAGAAAAUCAAUGGCUCCUGAUGUUGUAACAAAGGGUUUAUUAACAAUAGAAGAAGCAGAAAUUAGAUUAGAUUUAUAUAAGACAAGAAUUUUAUCAUUUUUACCAUUUAUUGAUGUACCAGAAAAUUUAAAUGCUGAAGAAUUAAGAAUUCAACAACCUUUUUUAUUUAAUGCUGUUAUGGCUGCAAGUAAUGUUGUUUAUACUUCAAAUACUCCAGUUGAUUUAGAAAAAUAUUUAUCUAUUGAUAAUGAAGCUAUUAGAUCUGUUUGUGAUGAAGUUAUGGUUGUUGGAAAAAAAUCAGUUGAAUUAGUUAAAUCUUUAUUAAUUUUAAGUUUAUAUUAUAAUUCUCCAGAAUUAUUUAGACAAAGAAGAUAUCAUUUAUUAAAUACUAUAUGUGUAUCAUUAUUACAUGAUUUAGGUAUUGUUGCAAGACCAUUAUAUUCUUUUGAUAAUAAAGAUGGAGCAGUUAAAAAAAAAUCAGAACCUAAAACUGGUGAAGAAUAUAGAGCAUUAGCUUUAAUAAUUUAUUUUAAUACUAUUAGUAUAUGUCUUAUAUUAAGAAGAUCUAUAUAUAUUAAAUGGACUCCAUAUGUUGAAGAAUGUUGUUCAAUGUUGGAAAAUUCAAGUGAAAAAAAAUAUCAAAAAUUAGCAUUAUUUGCAAGAAUAAAUGCAGCAUUAGAAAAAAUUCAUUAUAUAAUUCAUUCACCAGAAAAUGGUGAUAGAACUGUUUCAACUUCACAAUUUAUUAUACAAGAAUUACAAAAACAAUUAACUGCUUUAAAAAAGAAAAUUAGUAAUGAUGAUCAUGUAUUUUUAUCAUAUUUAUAUUCAGUUGAAGCUUAUUUACAUGAACCAAAUUUAAGUAGUAUAUUUGAAAGAGAUGAAGAAAGUGGUUUAAGUGCAAAUGAUGCAAAAGCUAUAUCAAAUUGUACAAAAUCUUGUCUUGCAGCAUUAAAUGAAUAUUCAAAAUUAUCAUCUGAUCAAGUUGCUCAAAUGCCUUUAACUUUUGGUUCAAGAGUUAUGUAUACUGGUGGUAUGUUAUUAAGAUUAAGAUAUCUUAUAUUAUCAUUACCUUCACAUAUUGAAAAAGAUUUGGUUCCAAAAACUGCUGUAACAAGUAUUCAAAGAGUAAGUAAUUUAGUUGAAAAAGCUCAUAUUCAACAUCCAUCAAAUUAUUUAUUAAAAAAGACAAAAUUAGUAUUACAAUUAUUUAUACAAACUUAUGCAACUCAAAUUCAUGAUUUAUUAAGAAAAAAUGGUGAAACUCCUCAAAAUUUUAAACCAACAAAUACAACAAAUGCUCAAAUUGUUCAAAAAUUUGAUGAAACUAUAUCAAAUCAAAAUGAAAAUGGAAAUGGAACUCCUCAACCUGUUCCUUUGGAUAUUUUAAGUUAUGCUGCUUCAUAUAGAAGAGAAGGACCUAUGGAUGAACAAUUACAAAAUCAACAACAACAAUCGCAACAACAAAAUCAAAAAAUUCAAAAACAAAAUCAACAACAAAGAACUUCAUCAGAAACAAAUGAUAAACAAUCUAAAUUUACUCCACAAUAUUUACCAUUUACAUCAGCAGGAAAUACACCAAUUAAUCAAAUAAAUUCUCCACCACAACCUCAACUUUCACAAGUUCAAUCUAAUCCUAUACAAUUUGCAGUUCAACCUCCACCUCAAUUUCAAGGACAACAAUUUCAACCAGAACAACAACCUCAACCACAGCAACAGCAACAACAACAACAGCAACAUUUACAACCAACUCAUCCAAUUAAUCAAACCACAUCAUAUCAACCUCAACAAAAUUUUCAAAGAAAUGGAAAUUAUGGAUCACCAUCUAAAAAUUUAUUAAAUACUUAUGAUGUAUCAACUGGUUUAACACCUUUACAAUAUAGAGAAUUUAGAUUGCCACUGAUAACAAGUGUAACAAAUCAAAAUAAUCCAACAAACACUAACACUACCACUAAUGUAAAUACAAAUAAUAAUAAUAAUGAUAAUAAUAAUUUAAGAUUUGAUUCAAAUUUAGCAAAUCAAGAUCAAUUAGAAAAUUCUUAUAUGGUUUUAAAUGAUGAAUUUUGGUCAAAUUUAUUAAGUACUGAUUCAAGUGAUAAAAUUAAUUUUACAAGUAGUAAUAAUAUUAAUGGUAAUCAAUUUAAUGAUGAAGUAUUUUUUAUGAAUUAA